UAGGAUAUCCUCCAUUAAAGUCAAUAAACAGUCCCGGACAAGUGCCAUUCUAGUUUAAAUAGUAAUGUGAUAGUGGCUGGACCAAUGUCUUAAAAUAUUCAUCAAUUAGGUUAUCAGUUAUUUACAUUUGUAAUUUUCGUAAUUUUGUGUACAUUUCGGUUAAGUGUAGUUAAGGUUAGUUAGAAAACAAGUGCCAAAAUAAUUCUGUUGUGCGACGUAUUGCGGGAAGUACCUACCUACUGAGUGAAAUAUUCGUUUUAAAAGUAUUGUUUUUUUUUAUAAUUUCUAAGGAUAGUGUGAUAUGGAAAAUUAAUGCAGGUUUGAGAGGAGCUGUUGCAACAGGAAGAGAAAAAAAUAGAUUGAAAUUUGGGUCAUGAGCUGACGGUGGAAGAAGCAGCAGACAAGAUGACGACGACGCACAGGAUGGCAGAAACGCAAGAGUUCGAAGAGGACACACUUAAAAUAAACCGUCACGAAAAUAUCGAGUUGCCAGCUCUUACAAAUGUUCCAAACUUAGUGAAUCAAUUGACUUAUUCAAAAAAUAUUGCUACUUAUCCCGAACGAGGAACGUGGAGUAGUAAAUUAGACUUCAUAUUAUCUGUAGUAGGUUUAGCCAUAGGUUUAGGUAAUGUGUGGAGAUUUCCAUACUUAUGUUAUAAAAAUGGAGGUGGAGCUUUCCUUGUUCCAUACUUCAUCACCUUAAUACUUGCCGGCAUUCCAAUGUUCUUUAUGGAAUUGGCACUUGGACAAAUGCUGACUAUAGGUGGUCUUGGAGUAUUCAGGAUUGCUCCCAUUUUCAAAGGAAUUGGAUAUGCUGCUGCUGUGAUGUCUUGUUGGAUGAACAUCUAUUAUAUUGUAAUUUUAGCUUGGGCUAUAUUUUAUUUUUUCAUGUCUUUACGUGCAGAUGUUCCUUGGAGGACUUGUAACAAUUAUUGGAACACGAAAUUCUGCGUAAAUCCUUACGAUCGCAAAGCAUUACUAUGCUGGGACAAGUAUAACCUCAACAACACUGUUAGUAAAAUGUGUCAACUUGACUCAUUCAAUAUCUCUGCAGAGGAUUUGACUGAUCCCGUAAAGGAAUUUUGGGAACGGAGAGCUCUUCAAAUAUCUAAAGGAAUAGAGCACGUUGGUGUAAUACGAUGGGAGUUAGCUGGUACACUGUUAUUGGUUUGGAUAAUUUGUUAUUUCUGUAUAUGGAAAGGAGUAAAAUGGACUGGCAAAGUGGUCUACUUUACAGCCCUGUUUCCUUAUGUACUUCUUAGCAUACUACUAGUACGAGGUAUUACAUUACCAGGAGCUAUGGAAGGCAUUCGUUUCUAUGUAAUGCCUAAUUUAUCCAAACUAUCAGAAUCACAGGUGUGGAUUGAUGCCGUGACCCAGAUUUUCUUCUCUUAUGGAUUAGGAUUAGGUACCUUAGUAGCUUUGGGAAGUUAUAAUAAAUUCACCAACAACGUUUAUAAGGAUGCCCUAAUUGUUUGUUCCGUCAAUUCUAGUACAAGUAUGUUUGCAGGUUUCGUAAUAUUUUCUGUAGUAGGAUUUAUGGCUCAUGAGCAACAACGACCUGUUGCAGACGUAGCUGCUUCUGGACCUGGUCUGGCAUUUUUAGCCUACCCGUCUGCAGUUCUACAGCUGCCAGGUUCGCCAUUGUGGGCCUGCUUGUUCUUCUUUAUGAUACUCUUGAUUGGGCUUGAUUCCCAGUUUUGUACUAUGGAAGGAUUUGUGACGGCCAUAAUUGAUGAAUGGCCCGCUUUGUUGAGAAAAAGGAAAGAAAUAUUCAUCGCUCUUGUUUGUUUCUUGUCUUAUCUAGUUGGACUGUCUUGUAUAACUCAGGGUGGAAUGUACGUGUUCCAGAUAUUAGAUUCUUAUGCUGUCAGUGGUUUCUGCCUUCUAUUUUUGAUAUUCUUCGAAUGCAUAGCGAUUUCAUGGGCGUUUGGUGUCAACAAAUUUUAUGAUGGUAUUAAGGAGAUGAUUGGUUAUUACCCAACAUCUUGGUGGAAGUUUUGUUGGGUAAUUGCUACGCCCUUCAUAUGUAUUAGUGUCUUCUUCUUCAACUUGAUACAAUGGGCUCCAGUGAAAUACUUAAGCUACGAAUUCCCACUUUGGGCACAUCUGUUUGGUUGGGUAACAGCAUUAACAUCUAUGAUGUGUAUUCCUGGUUACAUGGUAUACAUUUGGUAUGUCACUCCAGGAACUAGAGACGAGAAAAUCCGUCUGCUUAUCAGAAUAGACGACGAUGUGCAGACAAUAAGGGCUAAAAUGCAUCAUGAACAUGUAACAGGUGUUGCUGUGUGAUAGACUAAUUGUUUUUUUUUAUUAACUACUACUUAUAAGGGUUGUCACGAGUAAAAUAUUGUGUACAUUAUGUUUUCUACAAAACUUUUACAUUAUUUUUUUUGUAAUAACUUUAAUAAUUUAUUAUUGCAGCUGCCACAUUUAGGUACAAACUAUUGUGUACAUACUGUAUAUUUAAUUUUUUAAAAAACGGUAAAUUAUAUUUAAAAAAAUGUAAAUAGUUUUAGUGUUUAAAAAAUGUAAUAUUCUGUAAGUUACUCGAGGUACAGUAGAAUAUAUCAAUAAACAAGAUCUCUGCAAGUCAAAUACAUGCAGCAUACAUUUCAGUGACAAAAGAUUUGUAAAUAGAUAUACCUGAUGGUUGAGUAAUUAUAUAACAUUAGGAUUUUCAUAGUCUUUUUUGUAAUUUAAUUCAUUUCAAUUAUUUAUGAAUGUAUUACUGCAGUAUAAAAAUGUAACUUGAGGCGCAAUUUAUAAAUUAAAAAAAGUAAAAACGAAAUAGACCAUUUUUUAUGUAAUACAGUUAUUUCUGGCGUUUGCAAGAAGCCUAAUUAUUAAUUAUUAUUAUAAUUUUUACUUUUAAUAACAAUAAAUCAUCAUAUUUUUUCUUUUUGGGUAUAUAUUGUACUAAUUUUGUGAAUUAGUUUCUAGUCUAAAAAGU